AUGGAUGAUUUACGAGAUUCCCAAAAGGCAGCAAUUCAGGAUGCAUUAGAUAUGGGUGAACUGACAACCGGUAGGGGCUUGAAUCAACAACUUGGUCUUUCAAGAACUUGUGAUACUCGUUGGGGAUCUCAUUAUAAAUCUUUUAACAAUUUUAUUCUUAUGUUUGGCUCUAUUGUUGAAGUUCUUGAAUCACUUGCUCUUGAUGCACGAAGUAUGGAUGAAAGAGCCAAGGCAAUGAGACAUCUUGAAUCUUGUCAAACAUUUGAGGUUGCGUUCAUGUUGCAUUUGAUGAGAGAUGUAUUAGCAAUCACAAAUGAGCUCAAUAAAUGCUUACAAAGAAAGGAGCAAGAUGUUGCAAAUGUCAUGCUACUUGUUGAAGUAGCAAAGAAAAGGUUGCAAGUUUUAAAGGAUGAUGAAUGGAAUUCUCUUAUUGCUAAUGUAUCUAUAUUUUAUACCAAACAUGAAAUUUUGAUACCUAACUUUGAGGAGCCAUAUGUUAGCUCUUUAAGAUCACAGCGAAGACUUUCUCACUAUACAGUCUUACAUCAUUACCGUGUUGAAGUGUUUUGCAAUAUUAUUGAUUGGCAACUUCAAGAGCUUAAUGAUUGUUUUAAUGAGGUAGCUACUGAUUUGCUCCAUGAAAUUGCUUGUUUGAAUCCAAUUAACUCGUUUUACAAGUUUUUGACAGCAAAAAAUAAUGAGGAUGGCUGA